CUGAAUGGGUUGUUCCUUCUCUCUUACUCUUGUCACCGUCUCUUCUUUCUCCAACUCCAGAUCACCUUCAAUAUCACAUUUGACGUGAACCCUGAUGCUUUCUUUGGAAACAAACUACUUCUCAAGGCCAACGUGACCAGUGAGAAAAACAUACCUGGGAACAACAAAACCGAAUUCCAGCUGCAGCUGCCUGUGAAAUACUCUGUCUACGUGGUGGUCACCAGCCUUGAGGUCUCGACCAAAUAUCUCAACUUCACAGCCUCAGAGAAGACCCGCCACAUUAUAGAGCAUCAGUAUCAGUUCAACAACCUGGGCGGGAGGAAGCUCCCCAUCAGCGUGGUCUUCUUGGUCCCCAUCCAGCUGAACCAGGUGACCGUGUGGGACCAGCUCCAAGUCACCUUCUCCCAGAACCUCUCCAGUAGAUGCCACACCAACAAGACUGACCCUCGUCACUCUGACUUCCUGGGGGAGCUUAAGAAGGCCCCACUGCUGAACUGCUCCAUCGCUGUCUGCCAGAGAAUCCAGUGUGACAUCCCGUCCUUUGGUGUCCAGGAAGAAUUCAAGGUCACCCUCAAGGGCAACCUCUCAUUUGACUGGUACAUCAAGACUUUGCAUAACCAUCUUCAGGUUGUGAGCAUGGCGGAGAUCUUGUUUGAUGAUUCGGAGUUUGCCCUGCUCCCAGGACAGGGCGCGUUUGUGAGGGCCCAGACAGAGACCAAGGUGGAGCCUUACGAAGUACAUAACCCUGUCCCGUUGAUCGUGGGCAGUUCGGCUGGGGGGCUGUUACUCCUGGCCCUCAUCACGGGUGGCCUGUACAAGCUUGGCUUCUUCAAACGACAGUACAAGGACAUGAUAACUGAAGCUGGCCCUGAAACUGCUCCCCCGCAGUAACAGCAGCUCCUUCCCCACUCCUUGCUGAGUGGCCUCCCCUGCAGCAAACAGGAUGUGGUCAGACCGAACGAGCGGGUCCCCAGGCUGCUGGAUGGACACAUCUGUUGGGAGACCAGGGCGGUGAUGUCUCACUCAGGAGCAACCUGCUUGGGUUUCCAUUCCUGUGUGUGUGUGUGUGUGUGUGUGUGCGUGCGCGUGCAUGCACGAGUGUGAAUUGUGUGUGUGGCUCAGAUCUCUCUUGCAUGAGGACAAGUGCCUUCGGCACAAAUCUCAGGCAGAAGGGAGCUGCUUGGGCUUCCUUGUGCGUGGGUGAAGGUGCCAUUGGUUCUUCCUCGGGGACAGAGGUGAUGGCAGCUCUUGCGGGCAAACACAAAGGGAAGUGCAAGAAAUCCUCCCCCAGCUAUAGGAAGUGAGACCUCCUUUCGUGGGUGAGCCCGCAGGCCAGCAGGAACCCAUGCAGCUGGGCCUGAGCCUACCCGGACAAGCCAGCAGGAACCUGUCCAACCCAUUCCGCACUAGAGCUGAUGUGUCCGGUGCACAAUGGUGCACCUCCCUUUAUGUAUUCACUUUAUUAUUUUAAUGCUACUUUUAUUUUUUGAAUGGAUGAACAGGUCUGUAGUAUCAAAAUCAAAAGACAAGCAAGGGUGUGUAAUGAAGUUUCCCUUCCAUCCUGGUCUGCCAGCCAUUUAGGUCUCUUGUAAAGGGUAGUCCAGGUUAUGCAUUUGGGGGUCUCCUUCACAAAGAUUCUAGGCAUAUGCAAACACACACACACAUACACACGCACAAGCUUUUUUACACAAAUGGCAGCAUGCGUUGUUUAUACUGUCUGCAUCUUGCUUUUUUCAUUAACAUGGCUCAGACAUUGUUUUAUAUGAAGACAUAAAGUACUUUUUCAUUCUUUUAUAUACGCACCACGUUCCACUGUGUGGGUGGAUCCUAACGUCCUUAACCAUCUCCCUCUGAUACAUUAUUUCCAACUUCUCGCAAUGACAAACAAUGGUGAAUUAAUAAAUUGAAUACAUGUCGUUUUUGCA